CUCCCUCAAGACAUAUCGCGCAUCCACCUCCUUUCAUUGAUUUACUGAUCGCUUCACCAUCUUCUUUGGUGUCUUUUCUUUCUUUGGUGCCUUCAAGGCUCUGUCCGAACUCUGCAGGCAGAGUCAGGCUACAUGCAACCAUGUAACCACCACUUUGCCCGAGUCCGCUCCCUCCUCGCAAGCACCGGUACUGAGCCAUACCUGCUACAACGUUUCCGAUUGACUGCGCCGCGGCCGCCGCCACCAACAUGUCCCCUCUCGACAAGCUCUACCUCGUUGCGUGCUGGUCCUACAUCAUCAGCUUCCACAUCACCUACACAUUGCUCGCGCUCAAUCUCGACGAGCGGCGCACGGUACUCGUCCUCGAGGCGGUGGACUGAUCGACAAAGAGGGGACCAGUUUGCCCGCGCGGCGAAAGUGCAGGGCCUCAAGAGUCGAGCGGCGUUCAAACUACUUCAGAUCAAUGAUCGGUAUAGACUGUUCAAGCCCGGGAUGACCGUGGUGGAUCUGGGAUUUGCCCCGGGGAGUUGGAGUCAGGUUGCGAUCGACCUCACCAGACCAAGGGGACGUGUCUUGGGUGUAGACCUCAUACCCGUACAGCCACCGAAAGGCGUCUCUACGAUCCAAGGCGACUUUCUUUCACCGUACGUGCAAGGAGAGAUCAAGUCAUUCCUCAAAGACCCUGACCGCGGACGUCUACGCCGUCCGCCUCUCAUAUUCGACACGCCAGACGGCCCUCUCGAUCAUCAAACUGCAGUUCUCGAUGACGCCGAAAAGGGCUAUCUCGAGAGAGAAAGCCAGAUUGCUGCCGCGGCUGCGGCCGAGGAGGCGGAGGCUCAGGAACAGGAACAAGAAGAGCAACACCGGGACAAAUGUGUUGAUGUGGUGUUGAGCGACAUGUUGAUGAAUACAAGUGGGAAUGCAUUCCGAGAUCACGCUGGUAGUAUGGACCUCUGUAGAGCCGCGUUACAGUUCAGUUACGAAACGCUCAAGGUCGGCGGACACUUUGUCUGCAAGUUCUACCAGGGUGCCGAGGACAAGGCUCUCGAAAAGAGCCUCAAGGCCAUGUUCCACAAGGUUCAUCGCGAGAAGCCCGAGAGCUCGAGAAGUCAAUCCAAAGAGGCCUACUUUGUUGGUGUCAAGAGGCUCGCCAAGGUCGAUAGGGACGCUGUGUUUGCAGGUCCUUAGGAAGGAUCAAUCAAAGAUAGGAGAUCAUUGCCGGCAGGCUGCUGCCGGCGUAAUGAACGUAGAUUCAUCACCAAAUAUACCCAAUACCAAAAAGCCAUGUCGAGACAUA